GUAUUAUUUUGACUUGGUUCUUUUUCCUUUACUCCCUUUCCUAUUCAUAUAUUAUUUGCUUCUUUUGUUGUCUUAGAUGUUUUUAGUUGGGUAGAUGAACAAACUCAGGCGGAGAAAACAAAGCUACAGGAUUUGAAUAUUUGAACUUUUUCCAUUUGCCAUUUGCUUAGGAACUCUUAUUUAAGAAGAUAAUAUUGGUGUUGUAUCAUUCUUUAGUAUUGUAUUAUUGUGUUGCCUUUACCCCGAUUUGAGAGCUACUAAAAGAAGUAUCUUGAUCGGUUGGUUUGAAAAUUAGUAAAUAGCUGAAAUAUUAGUUUUGGUGUUGGUAGUAAGAUCUACCAAUAAAGAUUUGACUCCUUUAAUGCAUAUUGGCAACUUGGGAGGCGGAAAUCCGUUGUUUCUAGGGGAAGAUUUGAGGAAUUUGGGAUUGUGUCAGCAAAAUUAGUAUAAAAUUCAGAGUUGGGUCGCUUUUAUUAUUUGCUAUAUUUAGUUGAGGAAAUUUUAAUGUUGGUUUGUACUAAGGAAUCCUGAAAUUGAAUAAAAUCCAACUAAGUACUCAGUUGUUAGGAUUGAAGUAUUCCGGUUUGAUUUCCUACUGUCGAUUUUGGUUGAUUUGUUGGUGUUGUUUUUGCUGGAACAAGAUGGUUGGAAGUAUCGAGACAAUGAAUGUUCAUCAAAAUGGAUGGUCUAUUCACAAUGGUAAUGGUCUGGAAGAGAAGCUUGAUGAGCUUCGAAGCCUUCUUGGAAAGGCUGAUGGUGAUCCUCUAAGGAUCGUUGGUGUUGGAGCAGGUGCAUGGGGAAGUGUUUUUGCUGCUUUGUUGCAAGAUAGUUAUGGUCAGUUUCGACAGAAGGUCCAAAUCAGGAUUUGGAGAAGGCCUGGAAGAGCUGUUGAUAGAGCCACAGCAGAACAUCUCUUUGAAGUGAUCAAUUCAAGGGAGGAUGUAUUGAGGAGGUUGAUCCGGAGAUGUGCUUAUUUGAAAUAUGUCGAGGCAAGGCUAGGUGACCGAACUCUUUAUGCAGAUGAGAUUUUGAAAGAUGGAUUUUGCUUGAACAUGAUUGAUACUCCACUCUGUCCUUUGAAGGUUGUGACUAAUCUGCAAGAGGCUGUUUGGGAUGCAGACAUUGUGGUGAAUGGUGUGCCUUCAACAGAAACACUGGAUGUGUUUGAAGAGAUUAGUCAUUAUUGGAAGGAGAGAAUUACCAUGCCUAUCAUUAUCUCUUUAGCAAAGGGCGUAGAGGCUGCUUUGCAACCUGUUCCUCAUAUAAUUACUCCCACGCAGAUGAUUAAUAGAGUGACUGGGGCGAGUAUGGAGAAUAUACUUUAUCUCGGUGGACCAAAUAUUGCUUCAGAAAUAUAUAACAAGGAAUAUGCUAAUGCUCGAAUAUGCGGAGCUGAAAAGUGGAGAAAGCCUCUUGCUAAGUUUCUAAGGCAACCGCAUUUCAUUGUAUGGGACAACAGUGACCUUAUCACUCAUGAAGUCAUGGGUGGUCUGAAGAAUGUCUAUGCCAUUGGAGCCGGAAUGGUAGCAGCCCUUACUAAUGAGAGUGCUACCAGCAAGUCAGUAUAUUUUGCACAUUGUACAUCAGAGAUGAUAUUUAUUACUCAUUUACUGGCUGAAGAACCUGAGAAGCUUGCAGGGCCUUUGCUAUCAGACACUUAUGUAACCUUGUUAAAAGGUCGCAAUGCAUGGUACGGCCAAAUGUUAGCCAAAGGGGAAUUGAACAGGGAUAUGGGUGAUAGCAUUAGUGGAAAAGGAAUGAUUCAGGGUGUUUCUGCAGUUAAAGCUUUCUAUGAACUCCUGAGUCAGCCAAGCUUGAGUGUACUGCAUCCGGAUGGAAAGAAGCCUGUUGCACCCGUUGAGCUCUGCCCCAUUUUAAAAACACUGUAUAAAAUACUUAUAUCAAGGGAAAAUUCAUCACAAGCUAUUUUGCAAGCACUAAGGGAUGAAACUCUGAACGAUCCCCGGGAACGCAUUGAGAUUGCACAAAGCCAUGCUUUCUACAGGCCUUCUCUUCUUGGGCAGCCUUGACAUUUUCAUUGCUAUGAAAAUGAACAUGAAGGAAUUGAUAAAAUAUAUAAAAGAAAUUUUUAAAUGAACUGGGUCAACCAAAACAUACGGGUUUUGUAUUGAAUACUGCAUCAUCUAAUAGUAUGAAAAGCUUAUAGUAAAUCAGUUUCAUCUUUGCUUUCAAGUUUUAUGAGGAUGUGAUUAUUGAAGAUUGUAUAGUAUAAAUUGUUCUGGUUUAUAA